CUGAUUCGCCAGAAAAAAGGGACGUCUUUUCGGAUUAGUAUUCUAGUUAUGGAAAGCAAGUCAUAGGUUAUGGGCUUUUUUAUUAUUCCUUAUCUUGUGCUACUAAUCAGAGGCGCCAUGAACGGGGGAGAGGUAAUUUUGGAGUGAUAGAUGGUCAUGAGUCCCUUGUUUGUCCUGAGCAGUUCAACUGGCCGGUGUUCUUCAGCAAAAUCCUUCAGAUCCUGCUCCUUCUUCGGUUUUCCAGCAUCUUCUGCAUGUCUGACCCCUUUUUAACAAUGACUGAAUGAUUUUGAGAUUCAUCUUUUCACACUGAGGAGUCCACCAAAGUUCAGGGUGAGCAGAUGUAGCAAGAUGGACUGGGACCUUACACUGGAGGUGCACUGAUAAUAGGCCUGAAAAAGGAAAAUAAAAAGGAAAGGACAUGACGUGAGGCCAAGUACGGUGACCCAUACUCGGAAUUUGUGCUCUGCAUUUAACUCAUCCAAGUGCACACACACAUCAAUCUUAGAUCAGUCAGUCCUGUUAACACCGGCAACACUGCACGUCUUCUGUCUCCCUCAUCUAUCACACGAUUCAACUCAUCAGCUUAUUAGUAGAGAGAACAAGACCUGAAAUGGGUGUCCGAUGUGAGAGACCUACAAAAUGUGCAGUGCUGGAGGCGCUCGCAGGACUGGUUUGAAGAAUAAUGCUGACUAUCCCAGGCCAGUUCCUUAUGAGGUGACCCUGUCAAUCAUGGCCAACCAAGCCCCGGCUGUCCCCACAUCAUGCAGCUGCUGGACUGCCAUUCCAGAGUAAAGUGGAAAAAUGUGUAGUACUAAAGAUAAUUUUCCUACAGGAAGAGAAAGGUACUGUCCUCCGGAGCACAUCGAGAAGGGUGAGUACAAUGGGAAGCAAUCAACGUCUCUGGGGAUGCUGCUAUAUCGUAUGAUCACUAACGUUUUCCCAGACAGCAGUGAUAACGAUUUGAUGUUUAGUUCCAGCCAGGCUUCUCAGAUAUUAAAAACUUCAUUUCAACAAGGAAGCACAACUGCAAUUCUUAAUCAUACAAAAUAGAGGGUUUAAAAAUGAUCUUAUGGAAAAUGCAAGACUCUUUCACAGUUGUACAGCUUAGGAGCAAGUGUCAAUUUGAAGGUAAUGAUCAGACAUCUGUCUUUCUGAAAAAAAAAGAUGCUGUACAGUUACAACAAGCUGGCAGGCCUUGGUUGGGUCUGGUGCCUUGGCUUGUGGCAGUAGUUUUGGCGUCUUGCAGAACUGUUCCACAGGUUCCUCCUACUGCAGCUCCCCAGAGGUUCCUGCCACUGGUGAUCCCUGUGACAGAUGCAUCAGAGGUUUCAGCCAUGGCCACAGAGCUCCCUUUCUCAGCUGCCUUGGGCCCAGAGAUCUUGUCAGGGCCACUCCACAAAUCAUCUUCUGAGAGGUCUCUGACAUGACAGCCUGGGUCGCACUAAUGCCCUUCACAUCCACCACACAGGUUCCUCUUAUGUUGGUGCAGAAGUUCAUGCCAUUGCAGUGCUUCUUUUCGUAGCUUCAGCCAGAGCUGAUGUCCAAGCUGCCCCGGUCUUAGAGCUCCUCUCUCAACCUUUCUGGUCACAGAGUCUCCAGCUAAAGCUGCUCUGGUCCAAAAGGAUUCUGUCAGUCCUGCAUUAUAGCAUCCUCUCACAGCCCCAGUGUUUCCUGUCAGUGGUGUGAUUCCCCCAUAUUUCACUUGAUUACACUUGCCACAUUCAGUUGCAAAUUACAUGAAUCACAUAGGCCUAAUAUAUUUUAAAUUCAAAAUUGCUAAAUGACUCAAAAGUAGUUUGUAUCACUGGAUUACAGUUGGUCAUUUAACAUUUCUAUCCUAAAACAGUUGUCAAAUGUUAAGCUGCUGAAUGCGUUAUAUCAUACCUCGCAUUCUUUCACCCUUAAAACUGCAUCUGGAAUUCAUGUUUCUGUGAACUAGAGGUUGCACGCCUACUAAUUUCUGCUAGUUGGUUACUCAAGUACUUGUGGUUUAUGUUACUGUUAAAAAAAAAAAAAAAAAGAAUAGUUUGUGACAGUUAUUGUUUAAUAAUUAAUAACUACAUCUUUUCAAUAAUUGCAUCUCUUACAAUUAUUGUAAAACAUUUUGUUUAACUUUUUGUCAUCCUAAAAACAUAGGUGCACUGCAGCAUCAAGAAAAUCAAAUGGGCCUAUAGUGUCCCCCUCAGUGUCUACAGAUAUUGCAUUAAUUCAAACAGCACACAACAAUUUAUUUAUUUUUGUUCAGUAGUAAAAUCUCCCUUUAUUACAAUAUAACAACAAUGGUCUUUCCCAUUUAAAGAAAAUAAAACCAGUCAAUAAAUAUAACAGCAUGCUUAUAAACACAAAUUAAAUAACUUUCAUUGCAGAGCUGUAAGUUCAACCUCCUCACUGAUGUUGCUUCAUUAAUCAUUUUCUAUAAUUUGCAGAUUUUAAUUUUAUUUGACAACACUAUUGCUGGUUAAAACAUGUAUGUGUACUGUCUAUGAGAUCAGAUUAAAAUAAUGUAAAAAUAAAUCUAAAGUGAUAAUUUGGGGACCCUCCUAACAUCCCAGUGAGUCAAUAUACCCUUCACACCUCUGGUGUUAAUGUAUGUUAUGACAUUAUGUCUGCAUUUAAAGAGCAGUUGAGAUGUUUAAAGUUCUUUUCUAUUAAUAAACUAAUAAGUCCAUGUUCCUGUCACUGAUAUUGUAAAUAGCCAAUCAUAUGUAACCCUGGACCACAAAACCAGUCUUAUGUUGCACUGGUAUAUUUGUAGCAAUAGGCUAAAAUACAUUGAAUGAGUCAAAUUUAUAGAUUUUUCUUUUAUGCCAAAAAUCAUUAGGAUAUUAAGUAAAGAUCAUGUUCCAUGAAGAUAUAUCGUAAAUUUCCCACGGUAAAUAUAUCAAAACUUAAUUUUUGAUUAGUCAUAUGCAUUGCUAUGAACUUCAUUUGGACAACUUUAGAGGCGAUUUUCUCAGUAUUUAGAUUUUUUGCACCAUCAGAUUUAAAACUGUCAAAUAGUUGUAUCUCGGCCAAAUAUUGUCCUUUCCUAACAAACCAUACAUCAACGAAAAGCAUAUUUAUUCAGCUUUCAGAUGAUGUAUGAAUCUCAAUUUCAUUAAAUUUACACUUAUGACUGGUUUUGUGGUCCAGGGUCACAUAUAUAAACAUCAUAGUUAUAACACACUCAUAAAUAUAAGAACAUAUUGCAAAGCAAUAAUAGUUUUAAAAUCAUUCGUAAUUUAAUGUUGCCUGUACUGCAUACAGUUAUCAAGACGGUUUAACUUUGGGUGGCCCAAAAUCAAAGGAUGUCGCUGGCACACAAGAGUGUCGCGCCUCGCGCAAAUAAAAGCCUGCACAGUUUCGAAAAGCAGUGAACUUGACAGCUCUGCUCUCCUCUGAUGUGCCUCACGGAUCAGAGGGAUUCCACGGAGACUACAAGAUGACAGGGGUCAUCAGGGGCCAGCUGCACACUUUAAAAGCACUGUCCACAGCUCGGCCACCCCGAUCACUCGGACCUCAGACGAGCCAGGAGCAGGAAUCGGACGCGUUCGAUCAGUUCAGAAAACUUCAUUGAUUCGCAAUGGAAACUCAGCCAAUCAUGUUGUUCGCUGUCUUGGUGGUUUCCUUGAUGCAAGCUGGAUGCGUAAAGAUCGAUAAUCGCGGUGCUCUCAUGGGAGAACAUCAUAAAGCCUUCGCAGGUUCAUAUUCCGAUCUCAGUCUCCAGUCUUAUGCCAGGUACCCGCUCUACAUGAUGCAGUUAUACAGAGACUUCAGCGGUAAGAUGGCAACUACUCCAGCCAGUGACGACAGCCCAACUCUUCAUCAGUCUGACUUCGUCCUAAGCCUGAUUGCACAAGACUGUCAUCAAAUUGGUGAGCGAUGGACCGUCACUUUUGACAUGUCUUCCCUCUCAGCGAGUGACAGCGUUCAGCUGUCGGAGCUCCGCAUCCGUCUGCCAGCGUUUUCAGCAUCCAGCCGCGUUAUUGUGGACAUCUUCCACUUGCGUAAACAGGAUUGUGAGUCUGACUCAGUGUUCUGUCGUCAUAAGCGACUUUUUAUAGGCAGCAUCAAGUCAGUGCCCAGCACUCCAAGAUCAACAUGGAGAGUUUUCAACGUCACGGAGCUACUCGAGCACUGGUUGAGUCAGGGAACGGAGACACCUGAGCAGGUGCAGGACGGAGAGGACACCGGAAGCGGGGAAGACUUACCUGAACUGGUUGCAAAUAGCUGGCGCCGGAAAAUCCAGCAUCCUACUGCAGAACGAGUUAUGAUUGUAGUUUUCUACAAAAACAACUUUUCCCACAGCGGCCAGCAGCGUGCCUCCAGCUUGAUCAGUACAGUGGCGCACUCUAAAUAUGUUGUUCUACAGCAGGCACCAAACGCAGCUCAAGGUCGCCGCCACAAAAGAAACCGGGUCGAAAGGAUGCGCGCAACAGAUGAUAGAAACGCGACGGGAAUAGUAGCACCUCCAGAGCAACAACAAGGAUCACUUUGUCGGCGAGUCGAUAUGUGGGUGGAUUUUGAUCAGAUUGGAUGGGAUGAAUGGAUCGUGCAUCCAAAGCGUUAUAAUGCAUACCGCUGCGAAGGCGAAUGUCCAAGUCCGUUGGACGAGUCUUUCAACCCAACAAACCACGCCUAUAUGCAGAGUUUGUUGAAGCUUUACCAUCCGGAACGCGUCACCUGUCCGUCAUGUGUGCCGACGCGCCUCAGCCCGCUCUCCAUGCUGUACUAUGAAGGCGACGGUGUGGUCAUGCGCCACCACGAGGACAUGGUCGUGGAGGAGUGCGGUUGUCAGUGAAGUGUGUUGCCGUGUUCUCAUAGACUUUUAGUGGGGUGCUCUGAUAACGCUUAAAAUGUUUAAAAACAUUCCAAAAAUCUGCUUUUGAACGAAAGCACAUGAUUUUAAAGAACUUCAAACGAAAACCACUGAAACGCUGUGCAAAGUGCAAAUAUUUAAUAUUUAAGUACAUAUUGUAUUAUAUAUGUAAUAUGUAAAUAUUUUGAUUUGUUUUUUUAAAGAGUGUAUAUUUUUACUUAAUGUACAUAGGUUAUGUGUAUAAUGAAAUGUAAUAUGUAUUGUGACAAAAUGUGAUGUGAAAUGUGUUCAUUUUUUAUCUUAU